AUGGUGUGGUUUCAAAAUCGUCGAGCAAAAGCUCGUAAACAUUCACAUAAUUCAUCACCAUUGAAUAGUUUAUCUAUAUCAUCAUCUGCUCGAUUAACAUCCAAAGUAUUUUCAACAAAUCCAACAUCAUCAUCAUCAUUUCAUCAAAUGUUCAAUAGUCGAGGAAAUGCAUCGACAUCAUCUCCAACUAGUAUUAUGAUGGCAACAGAUCCAGCUACUAGUGCUGCUGCAGCUGCAGCUGUUUUCUAUUCACCAUUUCCACCACCACCAUCAUCAUGUGAUUUUAAUGUUCGUUCAACUCUUGAUAAUCCAAUGUCAUUUCAUUCUCAAUAUCCACAACAACAUCAACAUGCCGAAGAUGAAUAUACACGAAAUAUGCGUAUGCAUAAUUUAUCCUCAAGUUUAAUUAGUCAUCAUCCAAAUCCAUAUCACCAUGGAUAA